GCAGUCAUCUAUUGGCGCACGCACCCGUCCGUCAGCACUUAUUCCUCAUACACUGAUGCUACGUUGACGGUGGUGGGCGGGCGCAGCUAAGAAAAUUAUAAGGUCAUUUGAAUUAGGCUUGCUAGCGAGGUUAUCGGCUGCAAUGAUCACUGAAAUCAUAUAAGUGGUUGUGACAAAUGAACGGACGAUGAUCACAGUGUCAGAGUCGACGCUCACAGUCGGGACGAACUGACUCCAGAUCCUCCGGAGGAGAGGGGAGAAGACGAGCGGCAGCAGCAGCACCGGCGGCGGCGGCGGCGGCAGCAGCAGUAGUGUGGUAUUAACACCAGGAGAGGAUCCCGGUGCGUGCGUCUGUCUCUCUGUGCGUUUCUGUGAGAGAUUCUGUCAAAGCCAGAGCAGCGGAGGUGGCGGUCAGGCUAGCUCAUAAGCCGAUCAAGGUGGAAACGCACACAGCGAGGUUUCACGUCAGGGAUUUCUACGCAUCUUCAUGCUGUAACGGUGUGAGACCAGUGCGAGGAUGAUGCGAUUAGGGUGCUGCACAGCCCUGCUGUUCGUGUUGAGGCUGCUGGUGGGCUUGCCUUGGUUCCAGGUUAUUCCGGCCAUCCUGAUCUUCUACCUCGGAAGCGGAGGAUGGAGCUUCCUGCAGAUUUUUGCCAAAACAAUUGGCAGAGACUUACAUGCGGCAGGUGUGUUAUUGCGAGUGAAGAUGAAUGUCAGGCGACAUCUCAAAGAGAAGAACACAAUUCCCAAGAUCUUUGCGGAAACGGUGCGCCGCCACGGGGACAAAGCGGCGCUCAUCUUCGAGGGGACCGGCGAGAAGUGGACCUUCCGGCAGUUAGACGAGUAUUCCAACAGAGUGGCCAACCUGCUGCUACAGCGGGGUUUCAAGGAGGGUGAUGUGGUGGCUCUCUUCAUGGAGAACCGGUCCCAGUACGUGGGUCUGUGGCUGGGAAUGGCCAAGAUUGGAGUCGAGGCUGCUCUCAUCAACUUCAAUUUAAGACUGGAGGCCUUGGUCCACUGUGUCACCAUCUCCAAUGCCAAGGCUGUGGUGUUUGGGUCAGAGCUGACUGACGCCGUUUCCGAGAUCCACAGUUCAAUGGGGAAGGCGGUGCAGAUGUUCUGCUCUGGAGACUGGGACCCCAAACGAGUCCCACAGGGAACGGAGUGCCUAGAGACCCUGCUGCCCAGUGCCCCGUCUCACCUGCCCAGCCGACCCCUGCGUGGCUUCACAGAUCGCCUGUUCUACAUCUACACGUCAGGAACCACUGGGAUGCCUAAAGCCGCUAUUGUUGUGCACAGCAGGUACUACCGCAUGGCAGCUUUGGUUUAUUAUGGCUUUAGGAUGACAUCAGACGAUGUGCUGUAUGAUUGCCUUCCACUCUACCACUCUGCAGGAAACAUUGUGGGAGUGGGCCAGUGUCUUAUACACGGCAUGACUGUAGUCAUCAGAAAGAAGUUCUCUGCCUCGCGUUUCUGGGACGACUGUGUCAAGUACAACUGCACUAUUGUGCAGUACAUUGGCGAGAUCUGCAGAUACCUGCUCAACCAGCCAGUUCGCGACACGGAGCAGCAACAUCGGGUGCGCAUGGCGCUGGGUAACGGCCUUCGUCAGUCCAUAUGGGAAGAGUUCAUGAACCGCUUCAACAUCCCGCAGAUUGCAGAGUUUUAUGGAGCGACAGAGUGCAACUGCAGCCUGGGCAACUUUGAUAACAAGGUUGGAGCGUGUGGCUUCAACAGUCAGAUUUUACCCUAUGUCUACCCUAUCAGGCUGGUGAGGGUUGAUGAAGAGACCAUGGAACUCAUUAGGGGACCUGACGGUGUUUGCAUUCCCUGUAAACCUGGUGAGCCUGGCCAGCUGGUAGGCAGGAUCAUUCAGAAUGACCCUCUUAGGAGGUUUGAUGGUUAUGUCAACCAAUCAGCAACCAGCAAGAAGAUUGCUCAAAGUGUUUUCAAGAAGGGAGACAGUGCCUAUCUCUCUGGUGAUGUGCUGAUCAUGGACAAGCACGGUCACAUGUACUUCAAGGACCGCACAGGAGACACUUUCCGCUGGAAAGGAGAGAACGUCUCUACGACAGAGGUUGAGGGGACACUCAGCAGGCUCCUAGACAUGAAAGACGUCGUCGUGUAUGGCGUGGAAGUGCCAGGAGCAGAGGGAAAGGCCGGGAUGGCAGCCGUCGCUGAUCCGUCUCACACCUCAGACCUGGAGAAGUUGGUGAAGGACAUGGAGAAGGCGCUUCCUCCGUACGCCAGACCCGUUUUCCUUCGCUUUCUCCCCGAGGUCAACAAGACAGGAACAUUUAAGUUUCAGAAGACAGAGUUGCGUAGAGACGGCUUUGACCCGAGCACCACAUCGGACAGACUCUACUUCCUGGAUUCCAGCAGAGGGCGCUAUGUGCGGCUGGACGAUACGUUUUACCACUCGAUACUGUCAGGGAAACACAAAUUGUGAUGCCGAGGCUGAACCGCUAGAUUUACACAUGUACACACGGACACUCGCAUACACAAACACAUGCAGAGAAAGAGACAAGGGGGAAAAUUGUAAGAGCAGGAAACCUGAAUGCACAACCCGGUCCCUCAUUUACUCUACUCCACACAUAUAAUAAAAAUAAUAAUAAUACACAUACAAUGAUAGCCAUACUCGUUCUGUGCACACAUUCAA